AUGACUUCUGAGGUGUAUACGGUUGCGGACCGUCCCAAGGAGUAUUGGGAUAAGCGGAAGGCCAAGUUUAUUCUGGCGGAUGAUCCGAAAGUCGCGAAACAGAAGGACAGCGGUGACACUUACAACAGGUUCAAGUACUUGCUUGGACUCACCGAUCUGUUCAGGCAUUUCAUGAGUCUGAAAGCUAAGAAUGAUAAGAACAUACAGAAGCUGUUAAAGACGCUGGACGCAGAGAGUUCUGCAAAGAGUGGUAAAGCUGAUCCGGGGUCGCGUCAUCAUCGUAAGAGUGAGAAAGAAGAAGAUGCAGAAUUGAUGGCUGAAGAAGAAGCUGAGGUUGAUGAAGAAGACGACCUGAACUUUGUCACUGAAUCUCCAUCCUAUAUCCAGUCAGGUAAAUUGAGAGACUAUCAGAUACAGGGUCUAAACUGGAUGAUCUCCUUACAUGAAAAUAAGAUCUCUGGUAUCCUAGCAGAUGAAAUGGGUCUAGGUAAAACUUUACAGACCAUUUCAUUCCUUGGUUAUUUGAGAUAUGUCAAGAAAAUAGAAGGUCCGUUUCUGGUCAUCGUUCCAAAAUCUACUCUGGACAAUUGGAGAAGAGAGUUUUUCAAGUGGACUCCAAAUGUUAGCACCACGGUUUUACAAGGUACUAAAGAACAAAGACAAGAUAUUUUACAGAAUAUUGUAUUAGAGGCAAGAUUUGAUGUCCUUAUCACGUCCUAUGAAAUGGUUAUCAGGGAGAAAGGUUACCUAAAGCGUCUGGCCUGGGAAUACAUCGUAAUUGAUGAAGCACAUCGUAUCAAGAAUGAGCAAAGUGCGUUGUCACAGAUAAUUAGACUGUUCUAUUCGAAAAAUAGAUUGCUUAUUACCGGUACGCCAUUGCAAAAUAACUUACAUGAACUUUGGGCUUUACUGAACUUCUUGCUGCCGGACGUCUUUGGGGAUUCUGAAGUCUUUGAUGAUUGGUUCCAGCAAAAUAAUAGUGAUCAAGACCAAGAAGUAGUGGUUCAGCAAUUGCAUGCAGUGUUAAACCCAUUCUUAUUAAGAAGAAUAAAAGCUGAUGUCGAAAAAUCAUUGCUGCCGAAGAUUGAGACAAAUGUUUACGUGGGGAUGACGGAUAUGCAAGUUCAAUGGUAUAAAUCUCUUUUGGAAAAGGAUAUUGAUGCCGUUAAUGGUGCUGUUGGAAAAAGAGAAGGUAAAACCAGACUUUUGAAUAUUGUUAUGCAGUUGAGAAAAUGUUGUAAUCAUCCAUAUCUGUUUGAGGGUGCAGAACCUGGACCCCCAUAUACUACAGACGAACAUUUGAUCUUUAACGCAGGUAAAAUGAUUGUCUUGGAUAAAUUGCUAAAAAGGUUGAAAGAGAAGGGCUCGAGAGUUUUAAUUUUCAGUCAAAUGUCUCGUUUGUUGGAUAUUUUAGAGGAUUACUGUUAUUUCAGAAACUAUAAUUAUUGUAGAAUUGAUGGUUCCACAAGUCACGAAGAGAGAAUUGAUGCCAUUGAUGAAUAUAAUAAGCCUAACUCUGAAAAAUUUGUUUUCUUAUUGACUACAAGAGCUGGUGGUUUGGGUAUUAAUCUGGUCACUGCUGAUACAGUUGUGCUAUUUGACUCAGACUGGAAUCCUCAAGCAGAUUUGCAAGCGAUGGACAGAGCACAUAGAAUUGGCCAAAAGAAACAAGUGCACGUUUAUAGAUUUGUUACUGAGAAUGCAAUUGAGGAAAAGGUUUUGGAGAGAGCAGCUCAGAAAUUGAGACUUGACCAGUUGGUUAUUCAACAAGGUUCUGGUAAGAAAACCGCAAAUCUGGGUAAUUCUAAGGAUGAUUUGAUUGAAAUGAUUCAGUAUGGUGCUAAGAAUGUUUUUGAAAAGAAUGGAACCACAAUAAGUGUGGAUGCAGAUAUUGAUGAAAUCUUGAAGAAGGGUGAGGCUAAAACUCAUGAGUUGAAUGCAAGAUAUGAAGCGCUUGGUCUUGAUGAUUUACAAAGAUUUAACGGUAUGGAAAAUCAAUCAGCUUAUGAAUGGAACGGUAAGACGUUCGAAAAGAAGGCCAAGGAUACAGUGACAGAGUGGAUCAAUCCUUCAAGAAGAGAAAGGAGACGUGAGCAGACAACGUAUUCGGUUGAUGACUAUUAUAAGGAUAUAAUUGGUGGAGGAAGUAAAUCUAACAAAGGAACUCCUCAACCGAAGUUACCAAAAGCUCCUAAAGUAACACACGGUCAAGAUUAUCAAUUUUUUCCUAAAGAGUUUUAUGAAUUACAGGAAAAAGAACAACUCUCAUAUAAGAAGAAGAUUAACUUUAAGGUAACAUCGUCUGAUGUGUCAAUCGAAACUGAAGAGGAUGAUGAAGAGGGUGAGAAGCAAUUGACCUCGAAGGAGAAGAAGGCUCUUACUGAUGCUAAAAUCAAGGAAGAGCAAGAAAAGAUUGACAAUGCACCAGAUUUUACAGAUGAGGAUGAACUCGAGAAACAAAGGAUGUUGGAUACAGCGUUUACAAACUGGAAUAGAAGAGAUCUGCUCUCCUUCAUUAGUGCAUGUGCAAAGUUUGGCAGAUCAAAUAUGAACAAAAUUAAAUAUGCGAUUGAUUCCAAAACACCAGAAGAAGUUGAAGAAUAUGCCAAGGUAUUUUGGGAACGUUACACCGAAAUUAAUGGUUACGAGAAAUAUAUCAACUCAAUCGAAAAUGGUGAAAGGAAACUUGCCAAGCUUGAAUUCCAGGAACAGUUAUUGAACGAAAAGCUUGAUCAGUAUAACUACCCAUUUUACGAGUUGAGUAUACAAUACCCUCCGAACAAUGCUAGGAGGACCUAUAAUACAAUGGAGGACAAAUUCAUAUUAAUGACGGUAAGAAAAUACGGUCUGCGGGCGGAAAGGUUAUAUGAAAAAAUAAAACAGGAUAUUAUGGAGAGUGAUUUGUUCAAAUUUGAUUGGUUUAUCAGAACACGUUCCAUACAUGAGCUUUCAAAGAGAGUUACCACAUUAUUAACACUCAUUACAAGAGAGUUUGAUAAUCCUGAUGCUAGGAAGAAACGUUCUCGUCCAGGAACUAAGGAGGAUAUGGACGGUCUCGAUGAAGGAACCGAAAAUCCAGAUCAUAUGGAGAAAAAACCUAAGCUUCCCUCUUCCGCAUAA